AUUCUGACCAAGGUACUUCCUUUCACCCAGAGAACUGUCCUGGAGGAUGAUGUCACAGCCAAGUUUUACACCGAUGCAGUUGAUUAUGAAUCUGGAGUGAACAAUGCAGACAAUGUGUACGAUGAAAGGUCUAGCAGGUUCAACAUCCCAAUCCUGUACAGUCGCAAAAGAACCACUAAAACCACGCGGAAAUCCAGCUUCCGGGAGGUGAUCAAAGCUUCGAAAAAGAAGAACUCUCGGUUUGUCCGAGUGCAUAAAACGAUCGCCUAUUCGGAGUUCACCAUGAAGGACUCAGACCUGCACAUUUCGGACUCCUUGGUGAAAGCCCUGAGCAGCCUGCCCCUGGAGUACAACUACGCCCUGUACAGCCGCAUAUUCGAGGACUUUGGCACUCACUACUUCAGCUCCGGCACCACCGGCGGCACCUACGACCUGCUCUACCAGUACGACAGCAACAGCAUACAUAGCUCAGGUCUCACGCAGGCCGAUCUGACGGAGUGCGUCGUCACGGAGACGGUCAGGCGAGUGUUCUUCAUUCCAUUCCGGAGAUACUCGAGGAAGUGCACGGAAAACCACAUGACCAUUCGGACAAGUGGUUCGAUCCUGGAGGCAUCGGAGAAGUCGGUGUCAAUGGUGAAGGGGGGCCGGGUGGAGUACGCUGCCGCCCUCGCCUGGGAGAAUGGACAGCAACUGUCCAACAAAUCGUUCGUGGAGUGGGAGAAAUCGGUCCGUGUCAACCCCACCGUGGUGGACUUCAAGCUGCGGCCCAUCCUGGGCCUGGUGAAGGACAUCCCGUGUGCGGUGACCAAGCGGCAGCACCUGGAGCGGGCCCUGAUGGACUACAUGGAGGACCUGGACCCGUGCAAAUGCCGGCCGUGCCCCAACAACGGCAAGGCGGUCAUGGUGGACAACAGCUGUGCCUGCAUCUGCAGGGCCGGUACCUACGGGGACAGCUGUGAACAUCGCCAGCCCCACUACCACUCAGAGGUGCAGGACGGAUACUGGAACUGCUGGACCUCAUGGAAUUCAUGCGACUCCUCGUUCAGUCGCCAGAGAAGCCGGCAGUGCAACAACCCAGCCCCGCAGCACGGGGGCAAACCAUGCGACGGGCCCGACACACAGCAGCAGCACUGCCGCAUCUCACUCUUCGCUCAGGAGACCACCCCGUGCGUCAACGACAACGAGGGAAGGCGGGAGAGCGCGACGAAGAGCCCCUGGGACCCCAAAGACAGCUCCCCGCACUGCCCCAGGCCCGAGCCCCCUGAAAACAGCUUCCUCAGGGUGAACACGGACACCGGAACCACCACACACUGACCCACCCACACACUG